AUGAACAAGUGUUAAUUCAGCUUCGGGUUUCUUCUGUAGCUGACUUGGUGUGAAGCGUGGUAUCUGUUCGUAUGUCAGCGACAAGCUCUGCAAUCCUGUUCAAGUGAUUUGUUUACGCGUUGAACGGCUAUCUCCGACUGUAAGAUUGACGAUAUUAGUCUUGUAACGUGUUAUGUAAGACAUCUUUGCUGGUAUUUAAGGACGGUCGAGCGGCACAUUCGACAAGCAUCUUCGGAUUCUUCUUCUACUGUCUCUACAGGUAAGGAUUUGGGGUUCUGAGCUUAGUACUAUAGGUACUACUAUAGUUAUUUUUGAUUUUCUUGAUAUUAUUGUAGCUAUUAGAGGCUUUUUAGUGAAGAUUUUUUCAAUUUUUGGGUCUUCUUGUUACUUUUUGAUAGAUAAUUUUUCAAUAAUAGAACUAUAAGUACUGUAACCGUAACCAACGUAGUACCAAAAAAAUCCCAGAACUACCUUACAGUACCCUCUCUUUCUUUCAGUCAACCAUGAGAACCCUGAUCAUUGCGGCUGCGAUAGCCGUCGCGGCCCAAGCCUUCCUCUUUCCAAUGUCGGGCGGCGGAGGAGGCUGUGGAUGUGCACCGCCCCCACAACCAUGCUGUCCACCCCCACCACAGCCAUGCUGUCCACCCCCACUUCCACCACCACCUCCACCCCCACCACCACCACCACCAGCUCCAUGCGGUGGCGGCGGCUUCGGCGGCGGAGGCUUCGGCGGUGGCGGUUGCGGCGGAGGCGGCGGUGGCUGCGGCGGCGGAUGCGGCGGUGGCGGCGGAGGAUGCGGCGGAGGCUGCGGGGGCGGCGGUGGAGGCUGCGGCGGAGGCUGCGGGGGCGGCGGCGGAGGCUGCGGCGGUGGAUGUGGAGGCGGCGGCGGAGGCUGCGGCGGAGGCGGCGGUGGUUGCGGCGGCGGCGGUGGCUGCGGCGGUGGAUGCGGAAAGAAGUAAACUGGUGAUAAUGGGACACUUGGUACUACUAAUGUUGUUAGCACUACUAGUUCAAUGUGUACUACUGAUUAAAUUAGUAGUACUAUAGAGUUUGGUACUACCGGUUAGUACUACUCAUUUUACUGGUACUAUUGAUUAGUGCUACGUUUUCUGCUGGUACUACUAAAUGGUUCUACUAAUACAUUUCUACUACUACUGUCACAACUACAACUUCUCAUUACAAUUAGGAUCCAACGUUUUCUCAUCUUAUAGUUUUACAUUUGGGUUUGGUGAAGGUUAGACAUAUAUAUACUGGUUCACAAAGCAAUAUGUUGUUCAAAUUAUUGUUUUUGAAUAAAAUUAAACAAGGUUUAACUCAAUUUGGCAGCUUUUUGAUUUAUCAUAAACGGCAAUUCCAAAAAAUAAUCAAAAUUUAAAAAAUAUUUACACUCCAAGAACCAGCUUACUUAUAUUAACAUAAAAUGUAGCUAAUCUACUACCUAUAACAACAUAAAAGUAGUUAAUUCAUUACCUAUAUCAACACAAUUGCUAAUCAGUUUAUUACCUACUACAAAAUAAUUGCUAAUUAGUCUAUUACCUAAAACAACCCACUUAAUUCAUCACCUAAAUUAACAUCUCUACCAGUUUCUUAAUCAGCUACGGAUAACGUAACGAGAAGAAUGCAGACAUUCUAAAACAAUCGUUUCGUCUGACAAAACUUUUUUUCAGCGACGCGACGCGUCAACUUGAACUGGACGCUUUGCUAACGUGAGAACGUUAACUAGGCGGUAUUGAAACAUGGUAUAAAUAUAGAAACUUGCUUCUGAUUCUUCAGACAAUUCAUUUGUUUCUAAAGUAAGUUCACUUUUAGACUUAUUUUGAUAGGUUGUUUAGAUUAACGGCCUUGUUUUGGAUAUUUAUAGAAUUUUUAAAGCUCUGUGAUGCGUUUUGUUACCUAAAAGUAAAUAUUUUAUUACAUAGACGUUAUUUAUUCAAAAAAAAAGAUAUUGUAGUAGGCCAAAUCACAAAAUGUUUCGCUUUUUUUUCAUUUUUCAGGUAACAAAUCAAAUUUUUAAUUCCAAAAGCAAACUUUCAUUAGGUCCCCCAGUAUAUUUAGCACCAAAAACCAUCAAUUUCAACAAGCUUUUACCCCUGCCAUUUUCAGAAUGAGAGUUUUCUUCGUCCUCGCCUUGUUCAUCGGCGCCGCUUCGGCCUUCUUGUUCCCAACCCCACCAGCUGCCGGCGGUUGCUGCCCACCACCACCAGCCCCAAGCUGUGGAUGUGCCCCACCUCCACCACCACCACCCCCACCACCACCACCAAGCUGUGGCUGUGCCCCGCCACCAUCCCCAUGCGGAUGCGGAGGCAAAUAA